AUUAUAUUAUUGAUCGCACCACUUAUUUAAACCCCUCCUUCACCUUUUAUUCUAUUGUUCGUCUAUAUUUGAGGGUUUCAGAGAAGAGUUUCCAUGGCCAAAAGCGCGUUCAAGAUGGAGCACCCUCUCGAAAAGAGACAAGCCGAAGCUGCUCGUAUAAGAGAGAAGUAUCCUGACAGAAUUCCAGUGGUUGUGGAGAGGGCUGAGAAGAGUGAUGUGCCUCAAAUUGACAAGAAAAAAUACCUGGUGCCUGCUGAUCUGACUAUUGGCCAGUUCGUCUACGUUGUCCGGAAAAGAAUCAAGCUCAGUCCUGAGAAGGCUAUUUUCGUUUUUGUUAGGAAUAUUUUGCCACCAACAGCGGCUAUAAUGUCUGCAAUUUAUGAGGAAAAUAAGGAUGAAGAUGGCUUUCUUUACAUGCUGUACAGCGGUGAGAACACAUUCGGGACAUUCUGAAGAUUAAAAAAAAUAAAAGAAUUCACGAGUGAUGUAAAUUAUCUUUCAGUCGAGAAGUUUGGUGCUUACUGAGACACGUUUUCCGGUUUUGGAUUAAUGACCUUUUAUAUUCUAUUAAGUAGAUGAUAAUUUUUAUUUCAAGAUGCAAGAUGGAUGUGAUUGGAUGAAUAUAUUUAUGUGUGCGUAUGUAGAUCCCAAAUUUGCUGCGUAAAGCCUUUCCUUUGCAAUAUGUAAUCUAAUUCAAGGCACCAGUGCAACCCUUACAGGUUUAAGCCUCAAUUCAAA